AGUAAACUGAACAUACCCCACAUUAUAUUUAUUUACUUUUCAGUGACGUUUGUUGCGGUCAGCUGGGCUCCUCGUUUUCUUAUUCUCAUCACAUCAUCGUUCAUUUCGUUGCCAAAAUAUUUGUAUAUAGUAUUGGUUGAAUCGGAAUUCAAGUAACAACAACAAAAUGUUACUAACAGUGUCUUUACUUAACAAGGGCACCUUUUUGGGUUCUCUGAUUAACAAAUGCAGACCACUUUCGGUGGCAAAUUUAAGCUUGAGUAGCCCAGCAACAGCCGCUAGUAAACUUACGGUCGAACAGCAAGUUGGUCUGCCGGCAAGGCCAAAGAAACCACUCACACCAUACUUUCGGUUCAUGAAUGAUUUGAGACCAAAAAUUUUGGCGGCAAAUCCAAGUUUGGCGUUGGUUGAUGUUGUGAAGCAAGUUUCCAAAAAGUGGGAAACAGCUGAUGCAUCGUUGAAGCAACGCCUCCAGGAAGAGUACAAAAAAGAACAACAAGAAUAUAUUGAAAAACGCAUGAAAUAUGAUGCCAAAAUUACCGAUGAACAACGCAGCCAAAUUAAGGAGCUCAAACAAGAAAAAAUCGAAGCUAAAGAACGUCGCAUGAUGCGCAAACGUAUUAAGGAUUUGGGACGCCCAAAGAAGCCAGCAUCAGCAUUUAUACGUUUCAUAGCCAAGGAGAGAAUCCGCACACCCCAGAAGCCGAACCAAACGUUCCGAGAAUGGCAUGAAGCUGCUACGAAAAAAUGGUCUACAUUGUCACAGGGCGAGAAAGAUAUUUACAUGCAGGAAUCUCGCAAGGAGUUUGAAACCUAUAAAAAAGAAAUUGCUGUAUGGGAAGAGAAAAUGAUACGUAUGGGACACAUUGAUGUGGUGCGCCAAGGAAAUCUAAUUGAUCCCCCAGAGGUCAAAACCAAGAAAAGUUAAAUGAAUAAUCUAAUGCCAGCAUGCCAUGCCAUUUUUUCACAUCCAGUUUUCUUCAUAGAAUCAUAAUAGUUUCAGUUAUUUGCUAUUAUUUUUGUUGUUGUGCGACACACCAACCAAAAAGGCUUUAUUUUAGGAAGUCUGUGUUCAUGAAUUAAUUUUAGUAAGUUUUGAGAAAUAAGAAUAAUACAAAAAUAAAACAGAUUAAAAAUGUU